AAGAUGUUGUUCCACAGACUUCUUUUAUGCUUUUUUUCAGUAACAAGCAUCGCCUCCGCGCAGCCCGACAGCUCCGGAUUAUUUUACGCGCUCCGGUCGGAGCUGUCGGAGGACGCGAUCCUGGUGGCCAACAACGGCGUGCGUGUGCCUCUGGGGCGCUCGGUCUUCAUCGACCCCGUCAACGACCUGGUGAUCCAGACGCAGCCGGGGGACCGGUGCAGCAUCACCGUCCUGGACAACGACCCUCUCGCGCAGAGACCCGGCCAUCUCUUCCCCAAAAAGUUUCCCUGCGAUUUCGGUCCCAGCGACGUGGUUUAUUCCCACCACGGCUCCCGGAGUCCGGCCAGGGACAGAGUGCGGCUGCAGCUCCGCUACGACGCGCACAGCGAGACCGUCAUCAUCCCCUUCAUGAUGGAGGUGGAGGUGAUCUUUACGCAGCUGGAGUUACUCACCAAAAACAUGCCUCUCACCGUCGACAACCUCAAAGGGACCAGUAACCCUAUCGAUAAGAAGAUUUUAGAGUUUACUUAUGACAGAGACUCUUACAAAUGCGAGGUGACGUCCCUCUCCAGCAGCAGCCCGCUGCCGAGGUAUGGGAAACUCAUUGAUGGGGGGAAACUUUCCACAAUGAUGGACUGUGAUGAAUUCACGCAAGCCGACAUCCGCUACGAGCACAUAUUCAAGCGUAAAUCUCCCAACAGGGAUUAUGUUCCCAUGGUGGUGGAGCUGCAUGAUAAGGAAGGCAACCAAGUGAAACAGGAGUAUUUUCAUCUUAUGGUUCGCAUUAAAGAGGGAGAGGAGAACACUCCUCCCAAACCCAGCUUCGUGUCCAUGAUGAUGGUGGAAGUGAGCCAGUUUGUGAUGACUGCCCUGACUCCUGACAUGCUCGCUGCUGAGGAUGCAGAGUCAGACCCCGAAGAGCUUAUUUUUAAUAUAACUUCCCCCUUAUCCUACGAGGAGGGCUAUAUAGUCAGCACGGAUGACAGAAACCUCCCAAUCACAUCCUUCUUCCAAAGAGACUUGCGUGAUCUGAAAAUAGCUUAUGUUCCACCCUCGUUGGACUCGGAUACUGAGAGGAUUUUCCAGACUGAGUUUGAGGUCGUAGACACAGAGGGGGCCGUCUCGGACCCCUUUGCCUUCAUGAUUGUUGUGAAGCCAAUGAACACUCUGGCCCCCGUUGUGACGCGCAACACGGGCCAGCUGCUGUACGAGGGGCAGUCCCGGCCUCUCAUCAGCACCUACAACCUGGAGGUCAGCGACGAGGACAACCUGGAGGCCGUCACCAUCACCGUGCUGGAUGGGCUGCGACACGGCGACCUCGUGGUGCUCGGCUCUCACAGGAAGUUCUUCACCCCUGCCGAGCUGGCCACGGGGGCCGUGGUGUACCAGCACGAUGGGAGUGACACAUACAGCGACAACAUUGUCUUCAAGAUGACGGAUGGGAAGAAUGAAGUAGAAUUCCUCUUCCCAAUCACAAUUGUCCCCACUGAUGACGAGCCUCCGAUUAUCAACGCCAACACCGGUCUGGUUCUUUUCAAAAAUCAAAUGAUGCCUAUAUCUCCUCUCGCGCUCAGCGCCGCUGAUAUAGACUCAGAGGACUCAACUAUUAAAUUCAUCGUUGUUCCCCCUUUUUCCACGAUCGGCACGGUGCUCCUGAGGCAGUCGGACGCCCCGGAGGACCCUUCCUCUUGGACGUUUAGUACAGAGGAUGAAGUGUACGAAAAGGAGGUGACUGAGUGGAUUCUGAAAGAUAUCAUAGACGGAAAGUUGUUUUACAGACACACAGGCCCUCACAACACUGGUGCAGUUAUGGAUCAGUUUGUUUUCACGGUUCAGGAUGACAACGACCCCCCUAAUCUAUCAGAAAAUAACGUAUUUAUAAUUCGGAUUUUACCUGUCGAUGACGUACCCCCUGAGCUCUUCCCCGGAACCAGCCUGCAGAUGACUGUUGAGGAAUACAAGCUCACUCACCUCAGCAAAGACGUACUGCGCUAUACUGAUCUAGACUCUGAGGAUCGUGACCUCAAAUACACAGUUAUCCAGCCUCCGACAGAUAUAGAUGAAAACAACCCAAUUAUGUUUGGUUCGCUGGUUCUGACGGAGAGCCCAGACAUUAAAGUGACAGAGUUCACACAGGCUCAAAUCAACCACCAUAAGGUCUCCUACGCCCCCCCAGAUGUUGAGCUGGGAAUAACUGCCCAUGUCGUGCAGUUUCGUUACACUGUUGAAGACACAGCUGGAAACACCGUGGAGGGGGGUUUUAGCAUCUUUGUGCAGCCAGUCAACAACAAACCACCUCAGAUUACAAACACUGGGUUUAGUGUGUUUGAACGUGGCAUGCAUAUCCUAACCCUGGCUGAGCUGGAUGCCACAGACCCUGACACGAAGAGUGAGCAAAUCACCUUUACUUUGGGUCAGCCCCCUAAACAUGGCCAGAUUCAGGUUGCAGUUACUGACUUGGAGAAAAAAGGAGUUUUCAGACUGCAGGAUAUCUCCAGUGGAACAAUAUCCUAUAUACAUAGUGGAGAGGAGACAGUAAGUGAUGAAUUUCAGCUGGAUGUUAGUGAUGGGAUUCAUACUGUGACUGUGACAGUUAAAGUGAAUGUAAAGCCUGUCGAUGAUGAAACUCCAACCAUCAGCCUCCCUGCAGGUACUAUUGGGUCCCAUAUGGACGUGCUAGAAAAUGGAGCCACAGAAAUCACAACUAAUGUGAUUCAGGGACACGAUGAUGACACUGAUGAUCUCCAGCUGACAUUUAUUGUGGAAGAUCCCCCAAUUUUGGGUGAAAUAUUGGUGAGUGGAUUGCCUGCCAAGAGGUUUACACAAGCCGACGUGAUUAAUGGUGUGGUUGUGUAUAGGCACACCAGUGGUGAGAUAGGUCUCUCCUCCCUGCAGGAUGGAUUUAAUUUGACUCUCACAGACAUGUCUGAUGAUUGGACGGUAGGUGGAAAUAAGGUCACUGGGGUUCAUGUUCGAGUCACUGUCCUUCCUGUCGAUAAUCAGGUCCCUGAAGUUACAGUUGGGAUUCAAUUCAGUGUCAUUGAAGGGGGGAAAUAUAGCAUUGGGCCCGAGCACCUGAGUGCUGAUGAUAAUGACACUCCAACGGAUGAUAUCCUUUGCACCAUCGUUGUCCAGCCAACUGCAGGAUAUGUGGAAAAUAUAUCCCCUGCCCCAGGCUCAGAAAAGUCAAGGUCAGGAACAGCUAUCAGUGCUUUUACUAUGCGAAACAUCAGGGAGGGGAAUAUCUUUUAUGUGCAGAGCAUUCACAAAGGGGUAGAGCCAGUGGAGGACAGGUUCACAUUCAGGUGCACUGAUGGCAUACAUUUCUCAGAAAACUAUUUCUUCCCAAUCAUUAUUAUCCCAGCAAAUGAUGAAAAACCAGAGAUUUUCUUGAGGGAAAUAGUGGUGAUGGAGGGGAUGAACAUUGUUAUCGACACUGUUAUCGUGAAUGGAGCGGAUGCUGACAUUCCAGCUGAAGAGCUGACAUUUAUAAUUUCCAGACAUCCCAAACAUGGUGCCAUUUUAAACCAACGAUCCACAGGCUCAGUUUUGGUAACUAAUUUCACUCUAGAAGAGAUCAGAGAGGCAUCAAGUAUUAUUUAUGAGCACGAUGACUCAGAGACAACUGAGGACAGCUUCGAUGUCAUUCUGACGGACGGGACGUACUCAGUGCAGAAAACAGCAAUUGUUCUCAUCAUCCCUGUUGAUGACGAGACCCCAAGAUUAACUAUCAACGAUGGUCUGGAAGUGGAAAUUGGAGAGACCAAAGAGAUCAACAAUAAAGUUCUGAAAGCAACAGAUUUAGAUUCGGAUGACAGUACGCUCACAUACAUUAUACGGUUCGGGCCUGGUCAAGGCGUCCUACACAGACAGACCCCGUCUGGGUCUCUGGAGAACAUCACCCUUGGCAUGAAUUUCACACAAGCUGAAGUUGAUGCAGGGCUUGUGCUUUACUCUCACAGUGGACAGGAGGGGAUCCGAGAUCUGGUCAAAUUUGAUGUGACGGAUGGGAUUAACCCUCUCAUUGACCGGUACUUCUAUAUAACUGUGGGCGGGAUUGACAGGGUCUUCCCAGAUGUGGUCAGUAAAGGUGUGUCUCUGAGAGAGGGUGGCAGAGUGACUUUAAGCACAGAUCUCCUCAGCACCACUGAUCUCAACAGCCCUGAUGAGAACUUGGUCUUCACCGUCACACGGGCCCCCGUCAGGGGCCAUUUGGAGUGCACCGAUACUCCGGGGUUGCCAAUUGUAUCUUUUACUCAACUUGAACUGGCUGGCAGUAAGAUUUUCUACAUCCAUACCUCAGAUGACGAGGUGAAAAUGGACAGUUUUGAGUUCGAAGUCACAGAUGGCUACAACCCCAUUUUCAGGACAUUUAGAAUCUCUAUUGUAGAUGUUGAUAAUAAGAAACCUGUUGUGACUAUAAAAAGCCUGACAGUCACAGAAGGACAGCUGAAGCUGAUAACACCAUUUGAGCUCACUGCUGAAGACCAGGACACACCUGAGAACAUGAUCACAUUCACCGUCACCCAGUUGCCUGUACACGGCAAACUGCUGUUCAACCAGUCCGUACCGGCCAGGAGCUUCACGAAACAAGACCUCAAUGAAAACCUCAUCAGCUACAAACACGAUGGAACUGAAUCAACCGAGGACUCCUUCUCCUUUACUGUCACGGACGGCAAACACAGCGACUUUUAUGUUUUCCCCGACACAGUUUACGAGACGAGGCGCCCUCAGAUGAUGAAGAUCACCAUUGUGGCCGUAGACAACGGUGUGCCCCAGAUCGUGGUUAAUAAAGGGGCAAAGACUUUGAAGAUUUUGCCCACAGGUCAGCUGGGGUUCCUCAUCACCCCCAGAGUGCUGAGGGCGGAGGACCGAGACAGCAGACCGGGCUCCCUGGUGUUUCGCCUCAGCGCUCAGCCACAACACGGUUACAUUGUUAACCUGGGACGUGGAAACAACUCCAUUGACUCAUUUAGUCAAGCCGAUAUCGACGACCUGAACGUCUGUUAUGUAUUGCGGAAUGAAGAAAAUGCCAGCUCAGAUGUCUUCCAUUUCUCUGUUGCGGAUAACGGAGGCAAUGAGCUUAAAGGUCAGCAGUACCGUCUGGACUGGGCCUGGGUCUCUAUGGAGAAGGAGUACUAUGUGGUAGAUGAGGACAACGCGUUCUUGGACGUGGUACUCCGACGGAGAGGGUACCUGGGAGAGACGUCUUUCAUUGGCAUCGGCACCGAGGACGGCAGUGCCAGGAAGGAUGAGGACUUCAAAGGGACGUCGCAGAAGCAGGUCCAGUUCAACCCCGGACAGACGAGGGCCACGUGGCGCGUUCGGAUCCUGACUGACGGGAAGUACGAGCAGGCGGAGACCUUCCAGAUUCUGCUGUCGGAGCCGGUGAUGGCGGUGCUGGAGUUCCCCGUCACAGCGACGGUGGAGAUCAUGGAUCCCAGUGAUGAGUCCAGUGUGUUCUUCCCUGAACAGAUGUAUUCAGUAGAGGAGGAUGCUGGGGAGCUAUUCAUCCCAGUACACCGCAGCGGAGACGUCAGCCAGGAGCUCAUGGUGGUUUGCUACACACAACAGGGUUCUGCCACAGGGACUCUCCCCACCACCGUUCUCUCGUACUCGGACUUCAUCUCGCGUCCAGAGGAGCACGGCAGCCUCCUUCACUUUGACCCGGGGGAGAGGGAAAAGCUGUGUCGAGUCGUCGUCAUCGACGACUCGCUGUACGAAGCGGAAGAGAGCUUCAAUUUGACCCUGUCCCUGCCUGUCGGGGGGCGUGUGAGCAAGCACUAUCCCACCACUAAGGUCAACAUCUUGGAAGAUAUUGAUGACGCUCCGGUAUUUUACUUUGGAGAGUUAGAGUAUCACGUGGACGAAAGUGAUGGGUAUGUGGAGGUCAAAGUGUGGAGGACUGGAACCGACCUGUCCAAGACUGGUACUGUAACUGUCCGCUCUCGCAAAGCACAGCCUGUCUCUGCAGAAGCCGGAACAGAUUACGUAGGCGUCAGUCCUAACUUGGACUUUGCCCCAGGUGUCAGCAUGCAGACAUUCAGGGUCACCAUUCUGGACGACCUGGGACGGCCGGAGCUGGAGGGGACGGAGAGCUUCGAGCUGGUUCUGAGAAUGCCGGCCAACGGCAUCCUGGGAGAACCUGGAAAGGCAACCGUCUUCAUCAAUGACUCAGUUUCCGACUUGCCGAGGGUUCAGUUCCGCCAGGCUUUUUACAGCGGCGAGGAGAGUGAUGGUCAGAUCACAGCAACGGUUUACCGCAGCGGUGACAUCAGACACGAGUCCUCGGUCCGCUGCUACACCCGUCAAGGCUCUGCACAAGUCGCCUUUGACUUUGACGAGCGACCCAACACAGAUGCAUCUGUCAUCAUUUUCUUACCAGGCGAGGUGGAGAAGCCGUGUGUUCUGUCACUGGUUGAUGACUCGGUGUACGAGGAGGGAGAAGCGCUGCGUCUGGUUUUAGGGAACCCGAGGAGCAGCUCACAGUUCGGCGCUUCACUGGGUGCUCUAAAUGAGACUCUGGUGACCAUCAAGGAUACGGCUGACAAACCUAUUAUCCGGUUUUUGGAGGCCAAAUUCAGUAUAAGUGAACCCAAGGAAGCUGGCGCCGUGGCAACCGUGAGGAUUCCUGUGGUACGAAUGGGCGACACGUCCAAAGUGUCAGUGGUUCGUGUUCACACUAAAGAUGGGUCAGCUGUCUCGGGAGAGGACUACUAUCCUGUGUCUCAAGACGUCGAGUUCAAACAAGGGGAUAAGCAACACGUCGUGGAAGUGGAGGUGCUGUUUGACGGAGUGAGAGAAAUGAGAGAAGCUUUCACGCUUCAUCUCAAGCCUGAUGAAAACAUGGUGGCCGAAACGCAGGUGACUAAAGUCAUCGUUUACAUCGAGGAGUCUAACAGCAUGGCUGAUGUCACCUUCCCCUCCUUGCCUCACGUGGUGUCGCUGCUCCACUACGACGACGUUGCCAGGACACCAGACAACCUCCAGCCGCCAGCCGGCUACCCAGUCAUCUGUGUCACAGCUUGCAACACCAAGUACCCGGACUACGACAAGACCGGCUCCAUCUGUGUCAGCGAGCACAUCGACGACACCCUGACCCGCUACCGCUGGCUCAUCAGCGCCCCGGCCGGACCCGACGGCGUCACCAGCCCCAUGAGGGACGCCGACUUCGACACGUUCUUCACCUCCUCCAAGAUGAUCACGCUGGACUCGGUGUACUUCCAGGCCGGCUCCAGGGUGCAGUGUGCUGCCAGGGCUGUGAACGCCAACGGAGACGAGGGUUUAGAGCUCAGCAGCCCCAUUGUCACCAUCAGCAAAGGGGAAGGUAUGUGUCAGCCUCGUAAGAUGGGAACUGUUGGCGCUGAACCUUUCUCUGCCAAGCUGCGCUACACUGGAGCAGACGACCUGAAACACCCCAACCUCAUCAAAUUGACAGUCACCAUGCCUCACAUGGAUGGUAUGCUUCCUGUGAUCUCCACUCGUUCUCUCAUGAACUUCGACCUGACUCUCAGUCCCGACGGAACCCGCGUUGGAAACCACCGCUGCUCCAACCUGCUGGACUUCAGCGAGGUCACCACAGAUCACGGCUUCAUCACCGCCUCGACGCGCAACCCUGAGAGCUUGGGAGACUCUGCGCCCUAUCAGUUCAGCAGCUCCCUACGGGGCAACAGCACGCUGCGCUUCUACAGGAACCUCAACCUGGAGGCCUGUCUCUGGGAGUUCACCAGCUACUACCACAUGUCUGAGCUGCUCACAGACUGUGGAGGGACCGUAGCCACGGAUGGACAGGUGCUGAACCUGGCGCAGUCCUACGUGACCCUGCGGGUGCCUCUGUACGUGUCGUACGUCUUCCACUCCCCCGUCGGCACCGGCGGCUGGCAACACUUUGAUCUGCAGUCGGAGCUGCGCCUCACUUUUGUGUAUGAUACUGCUAUUCUGUGGCAGGACGGUAUCGGCAGCCCCCCGCAAUCAGACCUGCAGGGUUCGUUGUAUCCCACAAGCAUGCGCAUCAAUGAGCAAGGAUGUUUGGUGGUAAACUUCCGCACCAGAGCUCAUUUCAGGGGUCUCUUCGUGGAAUCUCAUUCUUCUGGCAGAAACAAAAGAGCUGCCUCCAUGUCGUCCAUGGUGAUGAGUGUGGACCACGCGGGCCUGACCUUUAACCUCAGCCUGGUGAGGAGCGAGCCCUCCUACAACCAGCCGGUCCAGCAGUGGACCUUCACCUCCGACUUUGCAGUGAGAGACUAUUCUGGGGCCUACACCGUGAGGCUGAUCCCCUGUACAGCCGCCCAGAGCACGGAGUACACACUUCCACCCGUCUGCAGUCCCAGAGAACCUGUGACCUUUGACCUGGACAUCAGAUUCCAACAGGUGAGUGACCCGGUUGCAGUGGAAUUCAGUCUGAACACUCAGAUGUUCCUGCUGUCCAAGAAGAGCCUGUGGCUUUCUGAUGGAUCCAUGGGCUUCAGUCCGGAGAGCGAUGUUGCAUUUUCUGAGGGUGAUACAGUAUACGGUCGUGUGAUGGUGGACCCUGUGCAGAAUCUGGGAGAUUCUUUCUACUGCAGCAUCGAGAAGGUUUUCCUCUGCACCGGCGCCGACGGAUACGUACCCAAGUACAAUCCCACCCGCUCUGAAUUCGGCUGCCUGGCUGACUCUCCAUCGUUACUUUAUAGAUUCAAGAUUCUUGACAAGGCUCAGCCGGAGACUCAGGCGCGCAUGUUUGGCGACGUCAGCUUCAACGCUGUGCUGGCAGUGGACGAGCCGUCAGCCCUGCCGCUCGUCAGGCAGCCAGGAUCCGACGGCUUCAGGCUGGACUCCACAGCCAUGUUCCAGGUUGCUGCGGGGCGUGAAUGGUUCAUACACACCAUUUACACAGUUCGCUCCAAAGAGAACGCCAACAGAGGCGUUGGGAAGCGAAGCCUCGAGUACCACUCCUUCGUUUCCUCCAGCAACGAGCACGUCUUGACGUCUUCAAGUGUGAAAGCCGAUCGCUGGAGGAGGUCGGCAGGCGAUGAGAUCCCAGCUAUCGCCCAAGACAUUGGAAUAGACAACAGCCGUGGUACCAACAUUAUGCACAUCGCCUUAGACCGCACAAAGAGGAGGUCGGGGGAGUCGCAUGAGCUGUUUGCUGGCGGGCUGGAACGGGGGGAGCUGAACACAGAGGAGGAAGAGGAGAGUCUGGUCACCGUGGUGGGGGCGCUGGUGGGGCUGCUGCUGACUGUCCUCCUCAUCAUCACCGUCACGCUGGUGCUCAGAUCCACGCAGAGGGAUGGGAAGGAGGGCUGGAGGGAGGGGGUGCAGGAGGUGGUGAAAGGCUCCGUCAGCACCGAGCCCAUGCUGGUGGUGAGGAUGCAAGACUGCCACAACAGCUCAGAGGUCUGAACGCAGGGACGAACUGAUGGACACGUGGAGCUUUUAUACUUUUUUUUUCUUCUAAACAUAUUAAAUAAUUUCAUAUCACCAAAAAUGGAUGAAGAUGAAAUGAUUUGUUAGGUGUGCCUGUUAAUGGGGGAUAUUUCUACAACACUGAAUUCAUUCAAGCUUGAACAGUAAAACACCCUAUUUACCCACUGCAAAAACUCAAAAUCUUAACAAGAAUAUUUGUCUUAUUUCUAUUUAAAAUGUCUUAUUUUUAGUAAACAAAAAUCUCAUUACACUUAAAACAAGACUCAUC